AUGCGGAUACGGAAACCCUUUGCUGGUGCCUUUAUUGGCCUCAUCUUCAUCAGCGCAGCCGCGGGCUUUUCCCCACCAGACUACAAAAUCCCCACGUACAAGCAGUCGGAUAAAGCGCUCCACUUCACAGCCUUCUUCUUGCUCACCCUAUGCUUCUACUGGAUUCUCGAGACAAACAGGAGAAAGGUGGUGCAGCUAACCUUUACCGUCUGUACGCUCGGCCUGGGAUUUGCGAGUGAGGUCAUCCAGGGAUUGUUGCCUAUACAUCGCGACUUCGACUACUAUGACAUCGUAGCCAAUGUCCUCGGCUCUCUCCUCGCACUAGGCCUUUGCAAUUGGUACCAUAAGCGCAUGCUCGAGCGCAAGCGAGCCGCACGCGGAUACACUGCUGUUGCUGGAGACGAGGAGAGAGAUAUUGAGUUGGGAGAGAAUGUCGAAGGACAAGAGUCGGGCGUUGUCAGACCCACAGUAGAGGAAGAACUCGAUCGAUGGGAUGAGAAUGCUGAGGAUUGGGAGACGACGGAGCCUGAAGCCACCAAUGGGAGGAAGAGUAUGGACGACGACGGAAAGAAACGAAGUGACUGA